GUGGAGCUCGCCAGUUACCUAGUAGUGUCCACCAACAUGGCAACCGAAGAGCACGCCGCUGCAGCCGCCGCGCCAGACAACUGCCGAUAACAGCCGACCGGAUAGCCGUACGUGUUAGCUCGCUGCUUCCUGGAUUCGGGGAGCUGCGGCGCGCCCGGAUCGAAUCCGCCCGGCGCACAAUGGGCCAACUCGCUUCAAAACCUGGACAUAAUCCAAAGAAGGUGGCGGAUGAAUUCGAUCCCCUGUGCUCAGAGGAAACACCACAUCAGCUACAUUUCGAAGAAGUCACAUCAGCCGCAUUCAAAAUAAAAUCUGGCGUCAUGUAUACGCCGUGUGUGAAAUCUCAUUUGUCGCAGGUCACUGGUAUGGAAAUUUACUUGAAGAAGGACUUCCUGCAAUAUACUGGCAGCUUUAAGGAGAGAGGUGCAAGGUAUGCACUUCUGAUGUUACCUGAGGAUCAGAAGAAAAGAGGUGUUAUUUCAGCAUCCCUUGGGAACCAUGCUCUGGCACUUUGUUAUCAUGGAAAGGAUCUGAAGAUUCCUGUGACUGUUGUUAUGCCUUCUGUAGCACCAUUAAUGAAGAUCCAAGCCUGUCAGCAGCAUGGAGCUACUGUUAUAAUCCAUGGUGAAGAUAUGGGUGAAGCCAAAAAGGCUGCAAUGAGACUUGCACAUGAGAAAGACUUGACUUACAUUAAUGGCUAUGAUCAUCCACACAUAAUUGCUGGACAAGGAACUGUAGGAUUAGAAAUCGUGGAGCAAGUAUCAAAGAUCGAUGCUGUUGUUGUACCUGUUGGAGGAGGAGGACUAAUAGCAGGAGUUGCUCUUGCAGUCAAGUCAAUGUUUCCUGAUAUUAAAAUCAUUGGAGUGGAGUCAGAAAAGUGUGCCAGUUUUUCAAGUGCUUUGAAAUCAAAGAAACCAGUGUACACACCAAUUCAGUCCACCUUGGCAGAUGGUCUUGCUGUCCCAAAGGUGGGAUACAAUGCAUUUGUAACUGCUGCUCCACUGAUUGACAAAAUGGUAGUUGUGAAGGAAGAAUGGAUUGCUGUUGCCAUCUUGCGGCUUGUGGAGUUAGAAAAAUGUGUUGUGGAGGGUGCUGGGGCAGCCGGACUAGCAGCAAUACUUGCAGGUCACUUACCUGAAUAUAAAGGCAAGAGAAUUGUAUUACUUCUAUGUGGUGGAAAUAUUGAUACUACCAUUUUGGGCCGCUGUCUGGAAAGAGGUCUUGCAGCAGAUGGCAGACUAGUGAAAUUCUCUGUAACGGUUACUGAUCGUCCAGGAGGGAUUGCAGAGCUGUGCCGCAUAAUGGCCAAACUUGGUGUAUCCAUAAAAGACAUAAUACAUGAAAGAGCAUGGAUAAAGUCUGACAUAUUUAGUGUUGUGGUGAAAGUUGUAUGUGAAACCAGAGAUAUGCAACAUGCCAGCCAGCUAAGGGAAACAUUGUACAAGAAUUAUGAGAAGGUGGUGUUUGGUGAUAUACCUACAGCUGGACUUCCAGAGCCAUAGGCGUGUACAUCAAGUGACAUACAAAAACCAGCUAAAUUGUUUUUGUUUUGAGUAUUGCUUUCAGAGUACUGUUAUAUUUCUUAAUUACUGCAAGAGUUUCUUUUUGCACCUACACUAUUUAACAAGUAGUCUUAAACCUGGCAGGAAACAUAAUCACAAAAUUAAACUGAAAGUAAAAAUAAUUUUGAUGUGUAGCCGUGAGUCACAACAACAAUAUUCUUCAGUUUGUUGCAUGAAUGUCUAAACAGAGUUACCUAAAAUUCACACUGUUGAAACUAAAUUAAAUAAAAAACAUAUUUAUGAUCUACCAGCAUGUACCUGGAAACAAAUUGUAUCCAAGAAUUGUUGAUCAUGUGAAAUAUAUUCCUUCAUCCAUAUCUUAAUAUUAAGUGUUAUGUGAAUUCCAUUAUAAUUAAUAGUGUCAUAUAUAUGUGAGACAGCUACUGAUAUAUCAAUG